CAGGUAGGGCCGGGGCGCGGCGGAGCGGGGCCGCGGCGGCCGGCCGGGACGUGGUGCCGAAGGACGGCCGCUCCAGGGAGCCGAGCGCGGAAAGGCCAUGGCACUGCACCCGCGCAGAGUGCGCCUGAAACCCUGGCUGGUGGCCCAGGUGGACAGUGGCCUGUACCCAGGCCUCAUCUGGCUGCACCGGGACUCCAAGCGCUUCCAGAUCCCGUGGAAGCACGCCACGCGCCACAGCCCGCAGCAGGAGGAGGAGAACACCAUCUUUAAGGCCUGGGCAGUGGAGACGGGCAAGUACCAGGAGGGUGUGGAUGAGCCGGACCCUGCCAAGUGGAAGGCCCAGCUCCGCUGUGCCCUCAACAAGAGCCGCGAGUUCACCCUGAUGUACGAUGGCACCAAGGAGGUGCCCAUGAACCCUGUGAAGAUCUACCAAGUGUGUGACAUCCCUCAGCCCCAGGGCUCUAUUGUCAACCCAGGUUCCACUGGGUCUGCCCCUUGGGACGAGAAGGACAACGAACUGGACGACGAGGAUGAGGAGGAUGAGCUGGACCAGUCUCAGCACCAUGUCCCCAUCCAGGACACCUUCCACUUCCUGAACAUCAGCGGGUCCCCCAUGGCACCAGCCAGUGUGGGCAACUGCAGUCCUGAAGCAGCGUGGCCCAAGUCGGAGCCCCUGGAGAUGGAAGUGCCGCCUGCCCCCAUGCAGCCCUUCUACAGCUCCCCGGAACUGUGGAUCAGCUCCCUGCCCAUGACCGACCUGGACAUCAAGUUCCAGUACCGUGGGAAGGAGUAUGGGCAGACCAUGACGGUGAGCAACCCGCAGGGCUGCCGCCUUUUCUACGGGGACCUGGGCCCCAUGCCUGACCAGGAGGAACUCUUUGGGCCCGUGAGCCUGGAGCAGGUCCGCUUCCCCGGCCCGGAGCACAUCAGCAACGAGAAGCAGAAGCUGUUCACCAGCAAACUGCUGGAUGUCAUGGACCGGGGCCUGAUCCUGGAGGUCAGCGGCCACGCCAUCUACGCUGUGCGUCUGUGCCAGUGCAAGGUGUACUGGUCUGGGCCCUGUGCCCCUUCGCCCGCUGUGCCCAACCUCAUCGAGAGGCAGAAGAAGGUCAAACUCUUCUGCCUGGAGACGUUCCUCAGCGAGCUCAUCGCCCACCAGAAGGGGCAGAUCGAGAAGCAGCCGCCGUUUGAGAUUCACCUGUGCUUUGGGGAGGAAUGGCCAGAUGGGAAGCCCCCAGAGAGGAAGCUCAUUCUGGUCCAGGUCAUCCCCGUGGUGGCCCGCAUGAUCUACGAGAUGUUUUCUGGCGACUUCACCCGCUCCUUCGACAGCGGCAGCGUGCGUCUGCAGAUCUCCACACCUGACAUCAAAGACAACAUUGUCGCGCAGCUGAAGCAGCUGUACCGAAUCCUGCAGACCCAGGACGGCUGGCAGCCCGUGCCAGCCGCCCCCAACAUGCAGCUGCCCCCCGCACUGCCCGCCCAGUAGCCAGGCCUCAGUGCCCCCUGUCCCUGCACAGUGCUGCCCCAACUGUCCGGCAUGCAGCUGCCCCCAGCCAGGCAGGCCGGCCUCUUGCUAUUUUUAUAGAUGAGAUUGUACAUACUGGUGGUUUGUUUUUUAUGCAGAUUGAACCCGCUUGGCUCCC